UUGCAGGUAAUUUAAGUGGCUACCUAGCAUGGACACUGUUGCUAGCCAUAGCUGUCAUCUUCUCCAGCAGCUACAUGAACAGCGCAUUCAGGGGCUGCUCUGUGACUGCAUGCUGGUGGUAAAAGGUGUCUGCUUCAAAGCACACAAGAAUGUGUUAGCUGCUUUCAGUCAGUAUUUCAGGACCCUUUUCCAGAAUUCUUCAGGCCAGAAGAAUGAUGUCUUUCACUUGGACAUUAAGAAUGUAGGUGGAAUAGGUCAGAUCUUGGAUUUCAUGUACACCUCUCACCUGGAUCUUAGCCAGGACAAUGUACAAGCAAUGCUGGAUAUUGCUCAGUGUCUCCAAGUGCAAAAUGUGCUGAACAUCUGCCACACCUUUUUAAAAUCUUCCACAGCAGCAGAGCAGCCAGCCAGCAUGCCUUGUAAUAGCGUCUUUUCGCUGCAGGAUCCCUUGGCUGCAGACACUGGCUGUGCCAGUGACAGCUACGGACCAGGCCUGUUGAAGGAAUGCUCUUCUGACACACAAACUAGUAAGGUCUUGGCAGACCAUCAUCCUCAUGCAUCGCAGUCUGUUAAUCUUCACGCACCCUCAGGGGAUGUACCGAAGCAACCACAAGCCUUGGAUGGCAGCUGUGCAGAGCUUCCCUUUAAACAACCAAAUUGCUAUUAUAAACUGCGCAACUUCUACAGCAAACAGUUCUAUAAGCAAAAUGCUUGCACUCCUCAUGAGAGAGUAUCAGAACAACCCUUUUCUUACAACACGCCUGCAGAAAUAAACACAGUAGAGAAUAAUUCUUGUACUGUCAAUCACUCUGAGUGUGUUCUGGAAACUUCUGAUCAUUUACCAUCCAACUUUCUUGUUCAGCCCAUGAAUGAAGCUGCUCCAGAGCAGGAUGCAGAAGGCACACUGAUGCAGCCCACCAAACAGAUGCGGCUGAAAAAGGCAAUACACCUCCAAAAGUUAAACUUUCUAAGAUCUCAGAAAUCUGCAGAGCAGCCACCUGAGCCUAAGAGAGAUGACAGUAGAGUAACAGGAGUAAUUGAUUCUGUAAAUGAAAGUACUGUGGACAUUACAAAUGUUAGAGUUACUGAAGAGAAAGAAGCUGAAGAUUUAGUGAAUUCUGAGAACUUUGAUCAAACUCUUGAAACAGAAAGAUCUCAAGGUCAUUUGGAACAAGAGGGACAAUCACAGACUCUGCAGUCACAGAGGCAAUAUACUUGUGAAUUAUGUGGGAAGGCUUUCAAACAUCCAAGCAAUUUGGAGCUCCACAAAAGGUCUCAUACAGGUGAGAAACCUUUUGAAUGUAACAUUUGUGGGAAACACUUCUCACAGGCAGGUAAUCUCCAGACACAUUUACGUCGACAUUCUGGUGAAAAGCCAUACAUUUGUGAAAUCUGUGGGAAAAGAUUUGCUGCUUCUGGUGAUGUUCAGCGUCAUAUUAUUAUUCAUUCUGGAGAAAAGCCUCAUCUGUGUGAUAUCUGUGGCAGAGGAUUCAGUAACUUUAGUAAUUUGAAGGAGCACAAAAAGACCCAUACUGCAGAUAAAGUCUUCACCUGUGAUGAAUGUGGGAAGUCAUUCAACAUGCAGCGAAAAUUAGUAAAACACAGAAUCAGGCAUACUGGAGAGAGACCAUACAGCUGUUCAGCCUGUGGGAAAUGUUUUGCAGGCUCUGGUGACCUGCGUAGACAUGUGAGGACUCACACAGGAGAAAAGCCCUAUACCUGUGAAACUUGCAACAAAUGCUUCACUCGCUCUGCUGUCCUGCGGCGGCACAAGAAAAUGCAUUGCAAAGCUACUGAUGAAGGCCCCAACACACUAGAUGAAUUUACUCAAGGGAUUGAAAGUUCUGACCUUGAAAGAUCACAGAGUUCUGACUCUUUUGGCCAAGAAAUGUCUGUUACCUUGUUACCAGUGUCUGUUAAAUUUCCCAUUCCUCCAACUGCAGAUUCAACUGAAUUUGAAAGUUCUGCGGAUUCUUACUGUAAGUUGCGAUCAAUGAUUCAACACCCUGACUCAGCAAACCACCAAAAACUGAAUGUGGAUUCUGCUAAGCUCCCAAAAGCUCAGACACAGCAAACUCCUCCACCACCAUAUGCUUAUGCAGAUGUAGAAGUGUCUUCUGCAGAAGAACCCUUGCAGUCUGAUAAUAUCCCCAUGAUUCGCUCCUCUAUGGUCAGCUUGGACAGUCACUGUAACGAUCCACUAAGCAGUCGAACAUCAUCUGCUGCAUACAAGAGUAAUGAAGGACCAUUCUUCUCCAGCAUGACCCUCUGGGGUUUAGCUAUGAAAACCUUGCAGAAUGAAAGCGAGUUGGAACAAUGAGGGUUCAGGUGACUGAUCAAAACUUUUUAAAG